AUGGUGAUAGUGGGCGGGGCAGAUCGCGGGACACUUCGCCAUUCUAAUGAUCUUGGGAAAAAUCUACCAUCCGUACUUCCUUGCAUUAUGCGACUUGAGGCGAAUACUGUUCUAUUGCAAGGCGGCCUGUUCGGUGUAUUUGUCAGUUUCACUUUACUCGCCAUUGUCGUAGUCCUUCUCCUCGACGUCUGUCUCGAGCCCAAACGACGCAGACUGCACGUCGAGCCUGCACUUGACGGCUCCCCAAAGACGACGGCAACCUGUAGCCUGGGAAACUGGUGUUACUGCGAUUCCACACGGCCCGGUUCCGCCAGUCUCUAUUCCCCCGGGUCCUGUGACUCCAGUUCGUGUCGCCACGACGACAACCUACGCUCAGCCAGACUGACCAACAGACAACUGCUUUCCGUCUCCUCUUCGCCGUCUCCAUUACCUCAUCACCAUCCCACAGGCCUAGGCCUGAAAUUGGUCACGUUGCCAGGGCGACAAGUAACGCCUUAUUGUGCUGCCAGUCGAGGCCUGUUUGCCUCGACGACACAACUUAACAACACCUUUCUGCAUGCAUCU